CACACGCGGCGAGCGCCCGCUCCGGCGCUGCGCGCCCAAGCCCGGCCCGGGCCGCUGGCACAGCUCGUUGGCUGCGUUUCCUGAGCUCCGUGGUUCUUGCACAGGCUGGAGUUGUGUGUCUCGCCUCCCACUCGGAACCUUGGCGGAAAGGACCCGUUUAUUUAUUAUUUUCUUAAUCCAAAAUGGCAGCCUCCAGCCGCGCACAAGUGUUAGAACUGUAUCGGGCGAUGCUGAGAGAGAGCAAACAGUUCAGCGCCUUCAACUACAGAACAUACGCUGUCAGGAGGAUACGAGAUGCCUUCAGAGAAAACAAAAACGUUGAGGAUCCUGUCAGAAUCCAAGCCUUAGUGAGCAAAGCCAAGCGGGACCUGGAGAUGAUCCGGCGACAGGUCCACAUUGGUCAGCUGUAUUCAACAGACAAGCUGGUCAUCGAGAACCAAGAGAAGCCCAGGACCUAGAGAGCCAGUGGCAGCCAUGCCCACCUGCAGCAGCCACGCCCACGUACAGCACCCACGCCCGCCCGCCGCAGCCACGCCCACCUGCAGCUUCCAUUCUGCGCCCAGUAUGGGGGCUCCCAACACCACCCCACACAGCCUCUCACGCUGCAGCUGCCCCAUAGCGACGGAUAAACUGAGUCACAGGUUCGUUGUGCCGCUGCCUGCGUGAGAGAGGAGGGCUGUCCCGCUCAGCCCAGAGGUUGGCAGGAGGAGCCGGAACUCACGCACAGAAUAAACAGGGUUGUCUCCCGAAGCCUUUUACACCAGAAAAAAAAAUCCCCAUGACAAUAAAGGCCUUUUUCAUGUCCUGUGA